GUAUAAUUCAUUAAAGUAUAGCCUUUGUGUUUAUUUACCUGUUUUGUUUAUUAAUCAUUAAAUUGGAUCUAGUAAUACGAAUGCAGGUGUAGGUUUUGUUUUCGAUUCUUUGUUUAUCUGGCUUAUGCGAUUCUUCAUUGUGUGUUUGCGGCACAUGAGCCAUAUACAAAUAAAAAAUGAGAAUUGGAUAGAAUCAAAUUGUCAAUUACUGGCGAAUGACCUGAUGAGCUCAUUUUUGGUUCGACUGCCGAUUUGAUUUGGUCGGUUUUUUUUCUACUUUCUUCAAUUUUUUCAGUAUUAUGAUGAUGAUGAAACAAUUGAUUUGGUUUUCAUUGAUGUUAUCGAUGAUCAUCGCAGUGGAUCAAUGUUGUGGUCAACAUUAUUUGGGCGUUAUUGAAUCGGAUCAAUUAACAUUCGAUUUGAUUGCAUCUCGUUUCCAUUAUGUAUUGGUAAAAUUUGAUCAUCUUUAUGCUUAUGGAUCGAAUCAAGAUGUUUUCAAUCAAUUAGCAUUGGAUACAAUGAAUAACACUGGUCGUGAAGAUAUCAUAUUUAUUAAUCUUGAAGUUAAAGAUUUUGACGAUCAUCAAUGUAUGGAUCUAGUGAAUAGAUAUGGCAUUGAAAAGAAACAAUUUCCAGCUAUUCGUUUAUUUAUAAAUGCCGAACAAUUUAAUGUUGAAAAAUUUAAAACAAUCAAACCAAUUGAAUAUCCAGUACAACGAAAUCAAAGUAAUCGCUAUCAACCGGAUAAAAUUAUUUUGGAUCCAACAAGAUUACGGUUAUUUUUAAGACAAUAUACUACAAUAAGAUUAUUGUUGCCAAAUUGUACAGAAUAUUUAGAUCGUGUGGCCACGGAAUUUGUUCACACAUUAAACAAUGGAACAUUUGAUGAACAGAAUCGUAUUAUCGAUAAAAUGAAAAUGAUGGCAAAACAAAAAUUAAAUAAUGAUGAUAAUCUAUAUGGUUGGAAACAAUUGAAUCAAUAUAUUUUCUGGAUGAAAUAUGGACAAAAACAUAGUGAUGGUGGUGGCGAUGGAAAUAGUGCAAAAGUGUACGACGAUCAACAUGAAAGAUUGAAAUCAAUUCUUUGGAAUGAAAAUGGCCACAUUUCAUGGACAAAACGACAACAAUUACAGGUACGAUUCAAUGUUUUACAAAGUUUUCGUCUCACUAAUGAUGAACAACAAAACGAUGAUGAUGGUGACAACGAUACAAUCGAUAGUCAUAGGAAACAAGAAUUUUAAAAUGA